UGAAGGCAAACAUUGACCCAUACACAGUAAUGUAUCUGAUGCAUUGAUCAUACAGGCUCGUCCUUAACCACAAUAACAGGUUGGAGAAGGAGUCACUGGGAAGCGGAUGCUACAAAGGUUCUGUGGACACGUUGGAAAUGUUGCGCCAACUUCUAGCUUGUUUAUUCUUUGGCUUGCAUAGUGUUUUCGUCGGAGGUGCUAGCCCUGAGGACAUCAUGCAGAUGAAGAAGAAGAUCUUUGAUGGAUACGACAGAUACAUACGUCCCGUUCACAGCCACGAAGAAGCAAUACAAAUGGACAUGAUGUUUUCUCUUGUCAGCAUUGAUUCCCUGGAUCUGAAAAGUCAAAAACUGAAAUGGAAUGGAUGGCUUAGCUUUACAUGGCAUGAUAAGCUGCUGUCGUGGAAUGCCAGCCAGUAUGGGGAUCUUCACUUCAUUACAGUUCCACAGAAGAAGAUUUGGCUUCCCGACUUCGUCAUUGACAAUGAUGUUUCUGCUAAAACAGUCUUGGGAAACGCGGACACUCUGGUUUUCAUUAGAAGCAGUGGCAAAGUCACCUGGGAACCAGGAAUGGUUAGUGAAACAAGCUGCAAAAUUGACAUCAGGAAGUACCCCUUCGACACCCAGACCUGUACGUUUAACUUCCUUCCCUGGAUGACCACUGGUAGAUUCUUGAAUACAACAGUUUCUUCCGGCAGGAUUGAAAUGUCAGGUUUUGUGCCACAUGGAGAGUUCACUAUAGCAGGGUCAUCAGUCGUGUAUACCCGGGUCCCGGCGACUUUUAUAGACGAUGAUUUGGUGGGGAUAAACUUCUCCGUUGUCCUCAACAGACGGACAUCGUUCUACUGGAUGAUAAUGAUAUUUCCAAUGGCAACCUUUCCUCUGCUCAGUCCAGUCAGCUUUCUUGUACCUGUAGAGAGUGGGGAGAAGAUAACUCUGUCAAUCACCGUGGUGUUGUCCUACUUGGUCUUCAUUGGGUCAAUGAACGACGCCAUGCCAAAGUUGUCCGAUACCGUCUCUUUGAUGGUGAUAUACGCAUCCUUGCAAACAACUAUUAGCAUCCUCGCAGUUGUCGCUAAUGGAAUCAUCAUAUGUAUUCACAAACUUCCCUCGGACUUUCAAAUCAAAUUUCCCAAAUUCCCCAAGAUGUCACAGAGGCUCGGAACCAUAGGGGAACGGAAUAAAUACCUGGACAAAGGAGAGUCUCUUCAAAGUGUUACUGGUAGUUCCUUGGGGUUAUGUCAAGAUGACCUAAAAACAAAUGGAAUGCCAGCGUUUGAAGACAAAAAGAAUGUGUCAUCGAAACCGGAUGAGCCAAGAAGUGACAAAUGGAUCCUAUAUGCACGUCGACUUGAUCAGAUUAGCUUUUCAUGCUUUAUGUGUCUUAGUAUAGUGGUGUCAGCUGUAUUCGGGUUUCUCAUGUCCUAGUGAAUGGAUAAAUGCUGGAUUUCUCAGUUCUGUGCAAACAUUCACCAUGGUAGUGAAACAAAUAACGAGUCUGGGCCUUGCAAACAAAUGGUAUAUGCAACCAAUCAUUUAAUCACUAUUUCGGGACAAUCUGAUCACUUAACAGAACUCUGAGAAUAUGCUGUGCCGGAGAUGGGAACAUUCCUCAACGGGUGAGACCAGUCAGAAGCCAGUGUUAGAAAAUCUGUUUCUGGCCUGAGCUGCGGCCAAGGGUGCAGGGUUUUGAUGACAGCCAGGCUGAUUUGUAAUAAUGAAGAGAGCACAAACCAUAAACUAUCAUUACCAACUGACAAAGGGGUGGCGGAGUAGCCUAGAGGUUUAAGUGUUCGCUCGUCACGCCGAAGAACCGGAUUUAAUUCCCCACAUGGGAACAAUAUGUGAAGUCCAUUUCUUGUGUCCCCGUCGUGAUCGUGAUUAUAUUAACGACUGCGGCAAACAAAGCAAAUUGUGAUAAAAUGUUACUGAUACAUUUGGCCAAAUCUUUCUGAAAACAUUUUGCUGAUAGUAAGUUCUGACAGCAUAAUGGAAUGGGACAUUUCAUUUAGUCAAUAGAUUUCAAAGUUUCAUUCCAUCUUGUGGCUUCACAAAAUAUGUCCCGUCAAAGCGUUGAUGCCUAAUAUCCCAGUU